GGGGGGGGCUCAACUAUAGUAAGCAUUGUGGCUAGAUAGUGGUCACUAGUAUUAUAUAAGCUCCUUAUUAAGAACAUUACGUCAUUUCCAAAAAGUCACUAAAACCCGUUGAUUCAUGAAUAAAACUAAAACUCAUUAUUUAUUUCCAGUGCUGCCAUUUCUUGAAAUUUGGGGUGUGAGUGGCUACAUUCCUGAGGGAUUCCUGACUGCAUGUAGUUUUGAUUAUCUGGAUACAUCGCCAUCAAAUUACUGGUUCAUCUUUGUCUACGCUAUGGUUGCAUUUUUCCUGCCCUUAUCAAUCAUAUCAUACUGUUACUUCCACAUCCUUCAUGUUGUUGUAUCAGCCAAAAAAAUUCAAUCAAGCAAGGAGAAGAAUAAAACUGAAAUUCGAUUGGCAGCAGUUGUGAUGGGAAUCAUUGGCUUGUGGAUGUUUGCAUGGUCACCAUACUGCAUAGUUUCACUGAUUGGCAUAUUUGGAUAUGCUGAUAAUAUAUCACCUUUAGGAUCUAUGAUACCAGCAAUAAUGGCGAAAACAGCGGCAUGUAUUGAUCCAUAUCUUUAUGCUGUUACACAUCCACGAUUUAGGACUGAACUUAAUCAAUUAUUCUGUAAAUCUCAGGAAGAACCGACAUCGAAUUUUCAAACAUCAUAUUACUCACGGGGACCGUCUAGAAGACGUGGUAAAAAUAAGGAAAGUGUUAAGAUUGGUAACAAUAAAGAACGACCACCACUUGAGCGUGCUGAAAGUUCAUUCUGCGAGGAAUCGACGGUAUCAAUGGAAGUUCCAGUGAAGUGUUAAAUAUUUCAGCAACUUGUCCAAUUUACAACAGAUUUUUAUUAACUUUUUGAUUCCAAAAUGAGAAACGGUUCUCAUUCUGC